AAGAAAGGACGUGACGUAGCUGUAGCUGAUGUAAAAUGGCGACGGACGUGUGUUAGUCAAAACACAACGGAGGGCCUCAAACACAGAGCUAGACGCUGAGAAAAUUACCGUUUUUACGAAGGAAAUAUCAACCGCUGCGUUAUUUGUUGGAUCUCACUAAGGUUCAGUCAUGACCGAGCAGACUGACGCUAACGUGGGGGUUAGCUCGGAGGGGAUUGUGGGCCUGGAUGAGCCCAAGAAGAUGACCAGGGAGGACUGGAGGAAGAAGAAGGAGUUGGAGGAGCAGAGGAAGCUGGGAAACGCUCCAGCUGAGGUGGACGAGGAGGGGAAGGACAUAAACCCUCACAUCCCACAGUAUAUUUCAUCAGUGCCAUGGUACAUUGACCCGUCCAAAAGGCCCACACUAAAGCAUCAGAGACCACAGGCUGAAAGUCAACAGCAAUACUCAACCAUUGGAGAAUGGUACAAGAGAGGAGUGCAAGAGAAUGCUGUCCCCACUAAAUUUCGUAAGGGAGCUUGUGAAAACUGUGGUGCCAUGACACACAAGAAGAAGGACUGCUUGGAGCGACCCAGAAAAGUUGGGGCAAAGUUCACAGGCACAGGCAUAGCUCCAGAUGAACACAGUCAGAUACAGCUCGACUUGGACUAUGAUGGGAAGCGUGACCGCUGGAACGGUUAUGACCCUGAGGAACACCAGCGCAUCGUGGAAGAGUACGCCAAAGUAGAUCUGGCCAAAAGGACACUGAAGGCACAUAAGCUUCAGGAUGAGUUGGCCUCUGGAAAACUGGACCAAACUGAGCGGGAACACGACAGUGAGGAUGAGGAUGAAGAUAAAUAUGCAGAUGACAUUGACAUGCCUGGUCAGAACUUUGACUCCAAGAGACGAAUCACUGUUAGGAAUCUGCGUAUCAGAGAAGACACCGCUAAAUACUUGAGGAAUUUGGAUCCAAAUUCAGCAUACUAUGAUCCAAAGACUCGCGCUAUGAGAGAGAACCCAUACUCCAACACCGGCAUGAACCCUGACGAAGUGGGGUAUGCUGGAGACAACUUUGCUCGCUAUUCUGGGGACACAAUCACCAUGGCUCAAACACAAUUGUUUGCCUGGGAAGCUUAUGAGAGAGGCUCUGAGGUGCAUCUGCAGGCCGACCCCACCAAGCUGGAGCUGCUCCACAAGUCCUUCAAGGUCAAGAAGGAGGACUUUAAAGAGAAACAGAGGGAUGGCAUCCUGGAGAAGUAUGGAGGUGAAGAGCACUUGGAUGCACCGCCACGGGAGCUGCUGUUGGCCCAGACGGAAGACUACGUGGAGUACUCUCGUCACGGCGCUGUACUGAAGGGGCUUGAGAAGGCCGUGGCUCGCUCCAAGUAUGAGGAGGACGUGCUCAUCAACAACCACACUUGCAUUUGGGGCUCCUUCUGGAAGGAUGGCUUCUGGGGAUACAAGUGUUGUCAUUCCAUGGUCAAACAGAGUUACUGCACAGGACAGGCUGGAAUUGGAGUAAACAACACUGACUGUGUCCCAUUUGAAGAGGGACUGACUGAGUCUCAGGAGGAAGAAGAGCCCAAGACUCUGCUGGAAAUGCAUCGAGAUAAGAUGAUGAAAGAGAAGAAGAAGAAGAAAAAGAAGAACAAAAAGAACAAGAAGCACGGCUCUGACAGCAGUGAUUCAGAGGAUGAAGAGAAGAAGAAGGAGAAGCUGAAGAAGGCACUAGAAGCAGAGGACAAGCGGGUGAAGCACAUAGACGCAAUAAUGCAGUUGGAUGAGAGGAAGAGGCCAUACAACAGCUUGAUGGAAGUAAAGGCGCCCACUGAGGAGGAGAUGGAGGCCUUCCGCAUGAAACGCUGCCGGGCAGAUGAUCCCAUGGCUUCCUUCCUGGGACAGUGACAUCUUCUUAGUCUCUGCUGACUCCCCUGAACUCUCCCAAGCACUCGACCAGAGCCGCUGCUCGGUGGAAAAAUAUGUCUCAGACUCCUAAAACUCAACUUACAGCAGGAGUCUUCUGUUUGGUUACGAACAUGACAGAAACUGUGUACAGUGUUUUGGUAAUUUCAUUUUGCACGCUUUUUGUUUUUGAUGCCACGGGUCGAUAGACCAUAGGACAAUAAUGAUGUGUGCUUUUGUUGUUCUUAAUCAAUUCCACGGAUUUCCAAAUUUCUUAGAUUUGGGAGCAACCCUCAGUCUUAACAGUAGUUUGAGGAAAAUGACAUUUAGUGGGAUUAAUGCAUCAUUUUAAUAAAAAAUAUAUUUGUCUGAAUACUUUGUGUUGUGUAAAAAGUUUUAAUUUCAUUUUUUAACAGGGACAAUGCACAUUGAUUAACAUCACUGUAAAUGUGUGUUAGCCAAAGGCUUAUUUUCAACCAUUGUCCCUUUGCCAGAUGUAAAAUUAGCCAUUUUAUUAGCCAUAUGAAAUACUGCUCAUCUCUUCAGUGGUCAUUAAUGAUGGAUAGGGAAGCAUUGUAUGACAUGGAGCAGAAUUAACUGAAAGAAUAAACUGAAUAAUAUUUUUCUUACUAA